AUGGUGAUUGCUGCAGCCAAGGCUAUCACGAACCGAGAUAUUACAAAGCAGGUUUUCUUGAGGUUGGUAGCAGAUGCCUACUGUAAGAUCCCCCUUGGAGGUAACCCCUCUGAUAUUGACCCAGGGGUGUUCGAUAGGGCUUCCACAAUUGCCGUAGUUGACUUCUGGAAGAUACUAAACAGCAUUGAGCCCAAUAUCGAUCCCUGGGGGGACCCCCCUUGUGACAGCUGCCAGUUUGAAAAGGAGCUAUUUACCACCACCCUCUGGGAGGAGGCUGUGGGAAACCAUAUCGAAAGCCUUGGAGAAAUCCAGGUAGAUGAUGUCCACCGCUUGCCCCACAUCAACCGAGCAGGUUACUUUGUCAUAGAAGGCAAUCAGAUGGGGGUGACGCUAGCCUUCUUCCAGUCUUCUGGAAUGUCCCCUGAUCUCCAUGACUUCUCAAAGAUUAUGGAGAGCGGCCUUGCAAUGAUUACCAACCUUCAGCGUGCUCAGCAGGAUCCCAAACUCCGCAAUAUGGUGAUUGCUGCAGCCAAGGCUAUCACGAACCGAGAUAUUACAAAGCAGGUUUUCUUGGUGUUAAGAGUGUACAAAGCUGCAGUACAACAGACAUUGGAUAUACUCUUUCUCCCUGAAGGAAGAGAAUUUCUUACAAGCACAGAUGCAGUAAGCCGGGACUCAGCUGAUCGUACCAUUAUUGCAUGGGACUUCCAAAGUGCUGCAAAAAUCUCCAAUCAGAUUUUUCAUGAGCGUUACACUUGCCCAAGUCUGACUCUGCACCCUAAAGAGUCUAUGUUUGUUGCUCAGACGAAUGGGAACUACAUGGCUUUGUUUUCUGCCCAGCGACCUUACCGGAUCAACAAAAAGAAAAGAUACGAAGGACAUAAGGUGGAAGGAUUUGCAGUGGGCUGUGAAUUUUCUCCAGAUGGAACACUUUUGGUGACAGGAAGUUCAGAUGGCAAAGUGUUUUUCUACAACUUUCAUACAGCUAGGAUUAUUCGCACUUUGUCUGCACAUAAAGAAGCUUGUGUGAGUGCAAUAUUUCACCCAGUCUUGCCAUCGCUCCUUGCAACAUGUGAUUGGGCUGGAGAAAUCAAGAUCUGGCAAUAG